AUGUGGAUGUCUCGACAUGCUUUGGGUCGUAUCAUCUUCUGUGGUAGUCGUCGUCUAGCCAUAGCAGUGAAUCCGCUUGCUGUUGUGAGGACGUCUCCUGAUGUUCAUCACAACUCGAGGCGCUUCUGCGUAACUGCAGAGCGUCAUGAAUUUCAGGCAGAAACGAGAAAUCUGAUGGAUAUCGUGGCCAAAUCCCUGUAUUCACAUAGUGAGGUUUUCAUCCGUGAACUCAUUUCAAAUGCAUCGGAUGCCCUAGAGAAAAGGAGAUGUGCAGAGCUGAGUGGACAGGUGACAGAAGGUCCUAGCGAAAUUCGUAUUACAACUGAUGAGGUUAAUCGUUUGAUUACGUUUGAAGACACUGGAAUCGGUAUGGAUCGUAAAGAUCUUCUUGAGUGCCUUGGAACUAUAGCAAAGUCUGGGAGCAAGGAAUUUAUGGAGGAGAAUAAAAACAAUGCGGAGGCCGUGAUUGGUCAGUUUGGGGUCGGAUUCUACUCCGCUUUUAUGGUUGCAGAUUCAGUGGUUGUAACUACGAGGAAAAUAGGCACGGACAAUGAUCAGGGAUUAAAAUGGACUUGGAAUGGGGGUAAUUCGUAUGAAAUGUCGAGUGAAAAAGGAUUACCUACUGGCUGUCGUAUUGAAAUUCAUUUGAAGGCUGGUGACUCUGCCGAGUACGCGAAUCCCGAACGGGUGAAAGAAAUUAUUGAUAAGUAUUCGUAUUUUGUUGCUACUCCUAUUCUUCUGAAUGGUGAACGCAUCAACAGCCUUAAUGCCUUAUGGACAAUGAAUCCAAAAGAUGUCACAAAAGAGAUGCACGAGUCUUUCUUCAUUUUUUUUUUUGACGACCUAGUUAUUUCACCACAUUUGUUGCAGACAGACACACCAGUAUCAUUACGUUCAGUGAUGUACAUUCCACAACAUCGGUACACAAUGCUCGAAUACGCUGCGAAGUCACAAAACAGAGAUUGCGGUUUGUCGUUGUAUGCGAGACGUGUCCUCAUCAAACCAAAUGCUGGUGAACUCCUUCCGAACUUCCUCCACUUCAUUAUGGGUAUUGUGGAUUCCGAGGAUGUUCCGUUGAAUCUGAGCCGGGAAAUGCUCCAAAAUAACCCAGUGCUUAGGAAGAUCCGGAAGAUUCUUACCGAUAAAGUAUUGGGUUUUUUCCAAAGUGAGAUGAAGAAGGAUUAUGAAAAAUACACAGAAUUCUACAAACGGUACAGCAUUUUUUUCAAGGAGGGUAUUGUGACUGAAGUUGAUCACUCAUAUAAGGAAGAGAUUGCGAAACUCUUACUUUUCGAGUCCUCCAAUCUAAAGCCGGGUGUGCUGACGAAUCUAACUGAGUACUGUAAUCGAAUGCAAGAAGAUCAAAAGGAAAUUUACUACAUGUUCUCUCCAAGCCGAAGUCUCGCUGAAUCGUCUCCUUAUUACGAACUGAUUCAAUCACAAAAUAAGGAGGUUAUCUUUCUAUACGAGCCUGCAGAUGAGGUAGAAAGCGUUGUGCAUUUCUUCUUGAAUUAUCUCGUUGAACAAUUUGUUUCAGGGCAGUUCCGUGAUACUGAUAAGAAGGAACUGUUAGAUUGGAUCAAGACUACCCUUGGUUCUGUGAAGGUUUCCGAUAUAACGGGAAAUCACCGACCAAGCGAGCAUCCUGUAAUGCUGACUAUAAAGCAUGAAAUGGGAGCUGCUAGGCAUUUGCUUCGUACCGGUGAAAUUAAGGAUAUGGAGCACCUUGUGUUCCUUCAGCCAUGUCUCCAUGUAAACCUUUCGCAUCCAUUGAUCAAAAGUCUAUAUCAAAUGAAACGAACAGAUAAGAGUACUGCAGAGCUUCUUAUAUCGCAGAUUUAUGACAACGCUUUGAUCACAUCUGGCCUUUUGAAAGACACAUCGGCUAUGGUGCAGAGGUUGAAUAAACUUCUAACACAGUUGUCCGCUGGAGACAAAAGUACAAUCUUGACACCUUAG